ACGCCAUUUCCAUUUUUGGAAGGCAGUGACGACGCGCUGGGACGCUGCGCCGGUUGUGAGGGUGCAGUUAUCAGUGCCCGAAAAAUCAAUUUGCUCAAAUUUUAGCGGUAUCUAAGUGUUUGCCGUCAUCAUGCAGGCGCACAGCAAAAAGCGCGUUUGCUACUAUUAUGAUAGUGACAUAGGCAAUUACUAUUAUGGCCAAGGCCACCCCAUGAAGCCACACAGAAUACGCAUGACACACAAUCUUCUUCUGAACUAUGGACUGUACAGGAAAAUGGAAAUCUAUAGACCCCACAAAGCUACUGCUGAGGAAAUGACUAAAUUUCACAGUGACGAAUAUGUCAGAUUCUUGCGUAGCAUCAGGCCUGACAACAUGUCCGAUUACAACAAGCAAAUGCAGAGAUUCAAUGUAGGAGAAGAUUGCCCUGUGUUUGAUGGUUUGUAUGAGUUCUGUCAGUUGUCUGCUGGUGGCUCAGUUGCUGCUGCUGUGAAACUCAACAAGCAGGCCUCAGAGAUUUGCAUCAAUUGGGGAGGUGGACUUCAUCACGCCAAAAAAAGUGAAGCUUCAGGGUUCUGCUAUGUGAAUGACAUUGUCUUGGGCAUCUUGGAACUCCUAAAGUAUCAUCAGCGAGUUUUGUACAUUGAUAUUGAUGUUCAUCAUGGAGACGGUGUUGAAGAAGCAUUCUACACAACCGACAGAGUUAUGACAGUCUCAUUCCACAAAUAUGGAGAGUACUUCCCAGGAACGGGUGAUCUUAGGGACAUUGGCGCUGGAAAAGGAAAAUAUUAUGCUGUUAACAUCCCACUUAGAGAUGGCAUGGAUGAUGACAGCUAUGAAUCUAUUUUUGUUCCCAUCAUUUCUAAAGUAAUGGAGACCUUCCAACCUAGUGCAGUUGUGCUCCAGUGCGGUGCUGACUCACUGACUGGAGAUAGAUUGGGUUGCUUUAAUCUUACUGUCAAAGGACAUGGUAAAUGUGUAGACUUUGUGAAGAAAUAUGGCAUGCCAUUCCUCAUGGUGGGCGGUGGAGGCUAUACCAUCAGAAAUGUCUCCAGGUGCUGGACUUAUGAAACGUCUGUGGCACUUGGCACAGAAAUAGCAAAUGAGUUGCCAUACAAUGACUACUUUGAAUAUUUUGGACCUGAUUUCAAACUCCACAUUAGUCCCUCGAAUAUGGCAAACCAGAACACUCCUGAGUACCUUGAGAAAAUAAAGACAAGAUUGUUUGAGAACUUGCGGAUGCUGCCUCAUGCCCCAGGAGUUCAAGUUCAGGCCAUUCCUGAGGAUGCUGUUAGAGAGGAGUCUGAUGACGACGACAAAGCAAACCCUGACGAGAGACUCCCCCAGAUAGCCCUUGAUAAGCGUAUUGUUCCGGACAAUGAAUUCAGCGAUUCGGAAGAUGAAGGUGAGGGUGGGCGAAGGGACCAGCGCUCUUUCAAGGGACGCAAGAGGCCGCGGUUAGACACCAAGCCCGCAGGUGACAGCGAGGAUAAAUUGAAGACAGAGAUAGAUGGAGCCAAACCAGAAGCCAAGACUGAAGAAAAGGAUGACAAGGUGUCCUCAAACGAUGAAUCCAAAAAAGAGACUCCUCCGAAUCCAUGAGAUUCAAUUUCCCCGAGUUAUAGACUCGGGGGCAGUGGUAGUGGACACAUGUUGUCUUGGCGAUUCUGAUUUCGCCAAGCUUCUUUCAUCAGUACCUGCUCAUAACUACCACUGAUCAGACAAGUUCUGUUCAUCCAUUGUUGCGCCAAAUAACAUUGGUUGUACUGGGUGAAUGUUCAUCUAAUGCAACUUAAGUUCAAGUUAUUUAUCUAAAGUAUUGACUCCUAACAAGAAGGAUUGAGUGCAUCGUGACCUACUUCUUCAAUGCAGUUGAUAGUGUGAUUGAGGUUUCCUGUGUGGAGAGAGACCCUAUACAGUUAAUCAAUUUUACCAUACAAUGCUCACCAUUUGAAAAGUUCUCAUGGAAAAUUCUUCCAUGUGCACUUGGCACUGCAUUGUUCAGUCGGUGCCAGUGUGUGUGAGUUGAGUAUGUGAUCUCCCCGUGUACAGUUGGUGUUGUUAUUCAAAUAGGAUUAGGUCUGAAUUUUGAUCAUUGUACUGUAUAUUAGGCUUAGUAUCGUUUUAAAACUUACAUUGUUACGUGUUCAUUUUCAUGUAACAGUAUGAUAUGCUUCAUCAAUUUUGUUUUGCAUGUCUCUUCUCUUUACAAGAGGCUUUAAGUGAUUCUUGAAAAAGUCACUUUUGUGAAUAGUCGUCAUUUUAUUAAAUUACACAUUUCUGUGAUCUGACUCAAUCUCUUAUUUAAUAAUUUGCAUUGAAUUUAUGCUUAAUGCUGUUUAACCAGAAUUCUUGUGCCCCCUCAGACUGGUAUCAAAGUGACAGCUGUAGUACCUAUGUUAAAUAAAUUUGGUUACUUGCAAGUAAUAUUAUUAGCCUUGUAUUAAACCGGUCGUCAUCUAGAUACUUAAGUACAGUACCUGACGAUUUGGAAGCUGGAAUUUGGAAUUCUAGUUACACAGAAGCAUGUGGUCAAAAACCCAUUUUAAAUUUUGUGAAUUGUUACUUGUACCAUAAAAUUUUCCCUCAUCUUGAAAGGUACUACCUCGAGUUUCUGAAUAAUUUUUUGUUUGUUUUUGCAUUUUACAGAGAAUUGGUUGUCAUACUUGUAUAUUUUUUUAUUGCUGUGCUUUGUGAUGUCAUGUACGGGGCUCUUAUCUUGCAUUUAGUCGUAGUUGAGUGAAUUGUGUAUUGCUGCUACUGCCGUCAAAGUGAUUAUUUUCUGUAAUCAGUCUCCUUUUGUAAAUGAAUGCCUUGAGGAAUCAAAGAGUCUUUGUAAUAUCAGCCAUUGUAUUGAUAAGUGAUGGUACGGUAAAGGACCUGCCCUUUUUUUCUGCUUUGAAAUAUGACAUCCUCUCUAAAUUGCUUAAGAUCAAUUGGCUGGUAACACUGUGGACCUCUGUGCAAUACAAAGUGAGAUUUGUUUAUUUAUGUAGUAAUCAAUUUACAAAUCUUUUUCUUUUUAAAAUAGCGAUUACUGUACAUAGGUUUCAGAGGUACACAGGAAUUACAGGUUCACCAAAGCAAUUUCAAGGAAGUCAAAGUACUGUAGUAUUAAUUGGUUUGUUAAUUAUUUUAUUUUAAGUUUUUAUCAACACAUAGUAUAUUUAGUUACUAUGUUGUAUUACCUUUUACCAUACCAACACUCAACUUCAACUUGGCGAUAAAAUUAAAGCACAUUUUUAUGAACUAUAA